AUGCCUGAAGACAUCACCACCGCAGUUGAACUACUGGAUAAUAUAGGAGCCACCGUCAAUACGAUCGCAAUUAAUCUUGGAGCCAAUAGACUCGACAGGAGGAGCUUUCGGAAAUAUCUUUGCGAUUACGCUGACCGCGCUGCGUCCGAUGGCCAACUCAUUAAUGCUUCGAGGAAAGACACCCCUCAAUGUGCCAACCGUGGCUUGCUUCUGGCCUACGCCCAUAUGGAGAUGAUAUGCUGGCUUGCAAAAAACAACUAUACCAUCUUAUCUACGUCCGUCAAAUGGUACAGCUGGAGGAAAGGGAAGGCGGUAUUUCGCGGCAAAAUGCCCAUUUAA